AUGCCAAGCCAUCAACUGAGUAUUAAUAGGUUAGAACAAAACAUAGCAUAUCUUGAUGACUACUUAGAUACACUGGAAUCGCUACCAGUAGAGAUGCAGCGUAGCUUCACUCUAAUGCAACAGCUCGAUGCAAAAGCUCAAGAAGAGUUCGAUAAGGUCGCUGAAGAAUGCGUACAACUAGUACAACAAAUAGGUGAGCUUUCAUCCGAAGAAAGAACUGAACGACUUAGAAAAUUCAGUAAAAGUUUGUCUGCAGCUGGUAAAUAUGCUGAAGAAAGAGUAUCUCUUGCUACCGUAACUUAUGAUACCGUCGACCGUCAUAUAAGAAGACUUGACGAUGACCUUCAAAAAUUUGAAGAUGAACAAAUGACAGGUCCAGGAAGAAUAAGUUCCACAGCAACGGCAAGCUCGUCUCGUGAAGAAAACUCCCGGAAACAACUUCAAAAGACUGAAAAAGAAAGGAAGGAUGUUAAGGGUGAAAAAAGAGCACAACAUAACGGUGAGACUUCGGCCCCUAAGAAACGUAAGACCGCAAAAAAUGACGUUGGAACUCCACCUCCUUCAAAUUCUAGACAUCCCGUUGAGAAAGAACGUGAGAAACCCGUUAAAAAUAUAAUG